AGCUUGUUGCUUCAAUAGGUGCGCCUUGAAACGGAGAGCAUCGGACACGAUGCGCAAUUGUUCAUGACUUUGAGCCCUUUGACAAGACCUCAGCCCGUUGCGCUCCUUCUCCUUGGCACAACCUGUUUAGCGAUGAUACCCCGGUAGUCCCGACUCCGACCCCAUUUGCCUCCUUCCUGGCCCCUCCGCUUCCCACUAGCCAGCGAGCUUCGAGGGGCUCCGGCUCGGAGCCUGUCGCUUGCGCCGGCCAUGUUCUCCUCGCCCGGGGCGGGAAAGUCCUUCGAUAGCUUGGCCGCCCUGUCGCCCAGCGGUCGAUAUGACCGACACGAAUAUUCCAUGCACAGCCGGACAUCACACGGUGCUGGUCGGCCGCCCUCGCGACGAAGCUCAACGGCCAGCUCUAUACACUCAAUUGGGGGAGUCCUGGAUAAUUCCUCAAGCACCUGGGGGGCCGCGGUGCUUGAGUCUGGACAGAAUGCUAUCUCGACACUGUUGCAACCCCCCAUUGUGCGAACCGGCCUCCAGCCUCACACCACGCCGCCUCUAUCGAGCUCGCACAAACCCCCUACGUCUAGGGACAUUCCCCCGGUCGCCUUGACGAAUAUUGAGCUAGUCGAUAACGAAGAGUUCGCUCCGUAUUUGGCUCAAGUGGGAGCGCUAUAUGAGCAACUGAGGAGAGUCAAGGAGAACGAAGAUGAGGCCCAUGGCGUUCGUCGCGGCUCCCGACCCGAAGAACAAGCAGACAGUGUCUCUGAUGGCCUAUUGCGACCGGCCUCGAGAUCGCAAAGCAAUCGCCGAGCGUCAACGGCGUCCCUGACGUCCUUGGGCUCCAUCGAUGCGCCGAGCCCAGUGCGCAGAACAAGCUCCGGCUUCAUUCGGAAAACGGCUCACGGCCCCCCGCCGCUAUCAACAAUCCCCAACGUCUACUUCGAGGAUGACUUUCAUCUUGAAAACCCGCGCACGUUCGACGUAGUGAGCGAGCGCUCUGAGGUGAUCCGACCGCACAACGCCGGCCAGCCGGGCAAGGGGGACGGUAACGGCAACGCCACGGCUCCCAGAAAAGCGCUCGCGACGAAUGCGAUCCUCCAAGAAAAACUCUCUUGGUACAUGGACACGAUCGAAGUUCACCUCAUCAACUCCAUAUCGACAGCAUCGACGACCUUUUUCACUGCUCUUGGGUCCUUAAAGGGGCUGCAUUCGGAAGCAGCAGACUCUGUUGGGAGAAUACAAGUUCUGAGAAAGGAACUGGAAGCGCUGGACAAGGAGAUUGUAACACACGGUCUCGACAUCAACCAGAAGAGGCGGCGACAAGAAAACCUGAGACAGCUCCACGAUGCCGUGUGGCAAUUACGGCAGAUUGUGGACGGCGUUGCAAGCUGCGAGGCUCUCGUUGAUUCAGGAGAAGUAGAAAAGGCGCUCGCGAGUAUCGACUCCCUGGAAAAGUUGAUCGCCGGUGAGACAGAAGGGCUUCCUGAUGACGGUCCCCAAGUGCAGUUGCGGGACAUGCGGUCUGCAUCUGCCCUGCACAGCAUCAAUAGUGACCUCAAUAGCCUCAGGUUCCGCGUUGGUAAAGCGUAUGAGGCGCAGUUUUCGAGUGUUCUGCUCGCUGAUCUGCGGCGGCACGUCGAGACCGUCUCCCGCGCCGACGUCCUUUUACGGUGGAGCAACGCUGCGUCCAGGUCAAGAGGCGCCCAUGCGCGGUCGCCAUCAGUGUUCCCCUCUUAUUUAGGCGGAACCGACGAGCUCAAGGCACAGCUGGCGCCGAGCAUGGUUGGGCUACAUCGUGCCAAACAUAUUGCCACGGCUGCCAUGGCAUAUCGAGAGGCCGUGUUGCGCGAUGUUCGAAACCUGAUACGACGCCCUCUUCCCAGCUCGAACGAUGACGAUGCCGAGUCCAUCAUGUCAGUCUCGACCGCCAGUGGCGGCAGACAACGAUCAAACCAGGACAAGUCUGCGGCUUUGGCUCGAAAUUUGCGAGCACUCGAUGCUGAAGACGCCGAAGACUUGCUCAUGACGAUAUACGUCGGCGUGACGGAGACGUUGAGACGACUCACGACCCAGGUCAAGGUGUUACUGGACAUUGCAAGCUCUCUCGCCGCGGAACCCAACGGCGAUGGGCUGAAGUCCCCUCCUGUGCGCUCACCAGUUACAAGUCCUCGACCUGACCGUUUUGGAGGCAAUCCUCUGGGUGGAGCUCUUGAAUUGCAGGAAGAGCUCCACAAGGCACUAGAUGAGACGUCGCUGCUCACCCAGGCCGUUGACGUUGCCAAUGACAAGAUUGUCAAGGUCCUGCGAGUCCGCGCGGAGCAGUCCACCCACCUUCCUCUCGACUUGUUUCUGCGAUAUUUUACCCUCAACCUCUACUUUGCCAACGAAUGUGAAGCCAUCUCCGGGAGAAGUGGCACAUCAUUGAAGAACGUGGUCAAUGGUCACAUUAAAGAGUUCGUCCAGAGAAAUCGAGACGCCGAGAUGCAAAAGCUGGCUCAGGGCAUGGAGUCCGAUCAGUGGAAUGCGAAGGACUUCACGGAGAGAAACACUGAGCUGCUGGAUGUGAUUCUGGAGUCCAGCACCCAAGAUGCCCCUGCCUGGACAGAGAGCACAAAAAUCUGGGUGCCCCAUCAGGAGGCCGACACGGCGAAGCACGAAAAGACGCUCUCAGAGCCGAACGGCACUGGCAAGGACAAGACCAGAUCCGCCGUUAUUGAGGCCGAGAAGUUCAUUCUUCCGAUUUCGGCUAUUCUUGCCCUCGAGGGCGUGGGCAAUUUCAUGCACCUUAUCGCUGGCAUCCCUUCCAUGACCACGGAUGUGGCCUCGUCCUUGAUUGCGUAUCUGCAGCUUUUCAAUUCACGCUGCACGCAGCUGAUUCUGGGGGCUGGCGCAAGACAAUGUGCAGGGCUGAAGAACAUUACGACAAAGCACUUGGCACUGGCCUCGCAAGCCCUGUCUUUUAUCGCCACCGUCAUCCCUCACACUCGAGAGUUUGUCCGUCGGCACGCCGGCUCCGGCGCGGGCGUCUCUAGUCUCAUGGGCGAGUUUGAUAGGGUCCGGCGGCUGCUGCAGGAACACCAGGAUAUCAUUCACCAGAAGCUCGUCGACAUCAUGAGCGGCCGGGCGGCUAUACACGCCAAGAGUAUAAGGGCCAUUUCUUGGGACAGCACGAUUCCCGAAGGACCGCACACAUACGUGGAGACGCUCGCUAGGGAGACGACGACUUUACACAAGGUACUGACGAAGCACCUCCCGCAGAGCUCCAUCCAGAUGAUCAUGCAGCCCGUCUUCGCAAGCUACAAGGAGCAGCUCGGGGCCGCACUCAAGGAAGCCGACCCCAAGACAGAGGCGGGCCAACAGAGUAUGCUUCGCGACACGGACUUCUUCACAACCAAGCUCGGGAAGCUCGACGGGUUCGGCGACGCGGGCGACCACCUCGCCGCCAUCGUCAAGGCAAAGGAGGUUAAGACGGAGCUCCGCGUCGAGGCGCCCAAGGAAGACGCCGCGACCGAGGGAGAGUCUGUUGAUCUGGAUGAGGCCGCACAGGAGGUAGAGGAUGGCUCGAAAGAGAAGGAGGUCGAGACCGAGGCCGAGGCCGAGGGCGGAGGCGAGCAAGGUGAAGGAGGCGACGCACCAGCGGCAGAGGAGCCAUCCAAGGAUGGCGACAAGCCCUGAGGCCUGUUUGAGUAGCACGGGUGAUUAGCAAGCGUCACGUCACAGAGCAUUUGGACCUGAUGGUCCCUCCCCAUAACAUCACUUCAGCGCCCGCGAUGCCCCGCCGGCAAUUCCCAAAUAAAUAUGCGAGACCGUCAUGGCGAUUCAGGCUCCCCACGUGAACCACAUAUCGUCAGUGGUAAUUCGAGGGCUACAUUGUGUUAUG